UUGUGUGUGUUAGCUUUUCUUUUUCCUUUUUCUAUUUUGGCGGUUGGGGUGGGAGAGUUUUUUUCAACACUCGCAGCUGAGUUCAAACGUCAGAUUUGUCUUUUUGAAUUCAUAACCCAAGCCAAGGUAACAUUCUCUCUGUUCAUUUAAUUUGUGUCAUUCCUCGAUCCAACUUCAGAAAUUAUGCGUUUGUUUUGUUGGAGAACGAAAGGGGUUUAAAUGGGUGAAGAGAAAUGAACAUUGGUCGUCUUCAUCUUUUGUUUUGUGAUCAUUGCGUGCAAUCCCACGUUGCAAUGUUUCUGAAUCAGUAAGAAUUAGCUCCUCAAAUUGCUUUGCUUAAUUCUUUCUAAUUAUUGACACCGAUUGUAAUUAUGUUAAUUGAACAUGUUUCCGUCAAAAAAAAAAAAAUUAAGCCCUGUGUUUAGAUGUUGUAUCAUUUUUUUUCGUUUUGUGAGGAGGAAGGAAUGGGAUGUGCUAUACUGAAUGUGAUUCUUCUAUGAGGUAUGGUGAAGCAUGGAAACAAGUCAAAGGCAUGGUACAAACAGCAGAAAAUCUCGAUUCUUAUCGUGUCUGCUUUUCUUAUCCUUUUUGUAUUGAUGAUGUUAUUUCGCAAGGAGUCUCAAGAACAUGAUAUUUUAGUUGAGGCGACUCCAAAGCAGAAAUGGGAUAGCUUUAACUCUCUUGUGCAAUUUAAUCCAAAUAGAGAGUUUCGCAAUGGAACUGAUAUAAUAUCGCAAAUUCCUGAUUCUCCAAAGUCUGUUUUGUUCUUUGCUCAUGGCUGCAAUGGUAAAGCUGUCAACUUCUGGGACAGAUCUCCUGAAUGUCCUUCUUGUGUCGGUCUGCCUGAAGAACGGUUGAUUGUCCUUCAUGCUCUCAGCAAACAUUUUGCAGUUCUUACAAUAUCAAGCUCACAGAAAUGUUGGACAUUGGGGAAGGAAUUGGCAGUUGUUAAAGACAUCAUACGUUGGUGGGUUGAAAAGAACAAACUUGAGAAACUUCCUCUUGUGGGUUUAGGUGCCUCCUCUGGUGGGUAUUUUCUUUCGGUACUUGCCACUAAGUUCAAAUUUGAUAGCAUUACGUUGAUGAUUGCUGAAGGGUUGUAUGAACAAAUGGAGGUAACAGAGAGAUACCCACCUACUCUGUUUGUACACAUGCCUAAAGAUCAUUUUAGGCAACAAAAAAUCAAUGAAAAUAUGGAGUUUUUGAAAGGUAAAGGAAUUGAUGUUGCUGAGAUUGAAUGCUUAGAGUUUGCUCUGUCGCCACAUUUUUUGGCUGACCGAAUCCCAGGACUUGACAAGAGUGUUUCUGCAAAGUUGUUUGAGCUUUUCCAAGCCAAGGGCUUUGUAGAUGGAAAUGGAAAGAUGCUCAAAGAUGGACGCGCAACACGGUGGAAAGAAGCCCUGAAGGCCAGUGGGAUUAGUUUACCUGAUAAUAGUUUAACCAAUCACAUUCAAGAAGAGUUGAAUCUUGCCUUUGCAUACCACGAAAUGACUAGCUUAGAGGCUGACAAGAUCUUCACAUGGUUUGAAUCUCACUUUACUUGAGUUGAUUCUAUCAACAUUUAAAGAAAAUCCAGGUUCUUAGGACAAACACCUUUCCAAGCACACGCACUUGAAGAAAAUGUACAGAUAACAGAUUUUUCAUCCACAUUUUUUGUAAUGCUAGUGGCGAUGGUUUAGUAUCCAUUUCUUCACUGUUCAGUUAAGAAAGUUGAAGUAAUAACGUGAAUAAAUGAUAAAGUUCAACUCCCAUUUUGUUCUGGCUGGUGCUUGGUGGUCUACAAUUUAAUCUUCAAUGUGAAAUGUUGUUUGGUACUUUAUUUGAAAUACUGUCAUAUUGUUCUUCCAUCCAAGGAACAAUUGAAUCUCCAUUGGCGCAAGAAGAUUAUCAAACUAAAUUUAUGGCUA